UGCGGGCUGACUCAGCCGGGUCCUCAUGCAGCGUCAGUCUGGAGUCGCACAAUUAUGAAAAAGCAACCUUCCGUUGGAGCUGCAGCCGAAGCGGAUCUCUCCAACGUCAACCGGGCUUUCCUUCCAAGGCUAACCGAGAGCACCGCCGAUAGAUGGAUAAAAGCCACGCCGCAGCUCUUCCUGAGUUUCAACCGUGAAGAGAAUGUCCCAGAAACCCUGGAUAGAAAGCACCUUCACCAAGCGGGAAUGCGUGUACAUACUUCCAGUGUCAAAGGACCCCCACAGAUGCCUUCCAGGAUGCCAGAUUUGCCAACAGCUGGUCCGAUGCUGCUGUGGACGUCUGGUGCGGCAGCAUGUCGGCUUCACAGCCAGCUUGGCCACAAAGUACUCGGACGUGACGUCGGGGGACAACUCCAACCUGUCCAUGCCCGAGCUGGAGGAGUGGUCGGUGGAACAACACACAGAGGCCAGCCCCAGUGACGCUUAUGGCGUCAUUAAUUUCCAGGGAGGGUCUCACUCGUACAGAGCCAAGUAUGUGCGUUUGUCCCACGACUCCCGGCCGGAGAGCAUCCUGCGGCUGAUGCUGAAGGAGUGGCAUAUGGAGCUUCCAAAGAUCCUCAUCUCUGUCCACGGCGGAGUUCAGAACUUCGAGCUUCACCCGCGCCUCAAGCAGGUGGUGGGCAAAGGUCUCAUCAAAGCCGCGGUCACCACCGGAGCCUGGAUCCUCACCGGAGGGGUCAACACAGGUGUGGCAAAGCAUGUCGGAGACGCUCUGAAAGAACACUGUUCAAGAUCGUCAAAGAAAAUUUGCACUAUCGGGAUCGCACCCUGGGGAGUCAUUGAAAACCGGAACGAUCUCAUUGGCAGAGACAUUAUCGCUCCGUAUCAGACGCUGCUGAACCCCCUGAGCAAACUAAACGUUCUCAACAAUCUGCAUUCGCAUUUCCUCCUGGUGGAUGACGGGACGGUGGGCAAGUACGGUGCUGAGGUCCAGCUGCGGCGGGACCUGGAGAAGCACAUCAACCUCCAAAGAAUACACGCACGAAUCGGUCAGGGUGUCCCCGUUGUGGCCCUGAUCUUCGAGGGGGGUCCCAAUGUGAUCCUGACCGUGCGGGACUACCUUCAGGAGAGCCCUCCUGUCCCAGUGGUGGUGUGUGAGGGGACCGGCCGUGCUGCUGACAUUUUGGCCUACGUCCACAAACAGACCGAGGAGGGAGGUAGUCUCCCUGUUGGAGUGGAGACUGACAUCAUUGCAACCAUUAAGAAAACCUUCAACUUCAGCCAGAGUGAUGCCAUCCACCUCUUUCAGACUCUGAUGGAGUGCAUGAAAAGCAAAGAAUUGAUCACUGUGUAUCACAUCAGCUCCGACGAGCACCAGGACAUUGACGUAGCCAUUCUCAGGGCUUUGCUCCAAGGCACAAACGCAUCAGCCUUCGAUCAGCUGGUCCUGACUCUGGCCUGGGACCGGGUGGACAUCGCCAAGAAUCACGUGUUUGUGUAUGGACAGCAGCUCCUGGUGAGCUCCCUGGAGCAAGCAAUGCUGGAUGCACUCGUGAUGGACAGGGUGGAUUUUGUCAAGUUGCUGAUAGAAAACGGCGUCAGCAUGCAUCGGUUCCUGACCAUCAGUCGGUUAGAAGAGCUCUACAACACGAAACAACAUCCCAACAACCCGACCCUCCUCCACCUGGUCAGAGAUGUUAAACAGAGUCAUCUGCAUCCAAACUACAAGAUCACUUUGAUUGAUGUGGGCCUGGUAAUUGAGUACCUGAUGGGCGGGACUUACAGGUGCAACUACACCAGGAAACGCUUUCGAAUCAUUUACAACAAUCUCCAUGGCAACAAUCGGCAGUCUGGGCGCCACACCAUGGGUCCUGGUUCUCAUUUGAGGAAAAGUCACGAGUCUUUUAGCAUGCAGGCUGACAAAAAGGAGAAGACGAGGCACAACCACUUCAUCAAAACUGCUCAGCCAUACAAACCUAAGCUCGAAUCCUCCAUCGAGCAGAACAAAAAGAGAAGCAAAGAAGAGAUUGUGGACAUAGACGACCCAGAGACGCGGCGGUUUCCCUACCCGUUCAAUGAGCUGCUGGUGUGGGCCGUGCUGAUGAAGAGGCAGAAAAUGUCCCUCUUCUUCUGGCAGCACGGCGAGGAGAACAUGGCCAAGGCUCUGGUGGCCUGUAAGCUUUGCCGUUCCAUGGGCUACGAGGCCAAGAAGAGCGACGUGGUGGACGACACCUCGGAGGAGCUCAAGGAGUACUCCAAUGAGUUCGGGACGCUGGCAGUGGACCUGCUGGAGGAGUCGUUCAGGCAGGAUGAGACCAUGGCCAUGAAACUGCUCACCUACGAGCUGAAAAACUGGAGCAACUCCACCUGUUUGAAGUUGGCUGUCUCGUCCCACCUGCGGCCCUUUGUGGCUCACACCUGCACCCAGUUCCUGCUGUCAGACAUGUGGAUGGGACGGCUGAACAUGCGCAAGAACUCCUGGUACAAGGUGAUUCUCAGUAUCUUGGUCCCUCCUGCCAUACUCCUGUUGGAGUACAAAUCCAAAGCCGAGAUGGCUCACAUCCCUCAGAGCCAGGACGACCACCAGAUGACCAUGGAGGACAGCGAAAACAACUUCCAGAACAUGACUGAAGAAAUCCAAAUGGAUGUGUUCAAGGAGGCCAGAUCCCACGACAAUGUGGAGGCAAAGAGUGAAAUAGAGACCCAAUUUCGCUCCAGAAAGCUGCCGCUAACCAGGAAAAUAUAUGCCUUCUACCACGCUCCCAUUGUAAAGUUCUGGUCUAACACGCUCUUCUACCUGGGCUUCUUGAUGCUCUACUCGUAUGUGGUCCUGGUGAAAAUGCCUCAAAUGCCUUCUCCUCAAGAGUGGGUGGUCAUCCUCUACAUAUUCACCUCUGCUAUUGAGAAAAUUCGAGAGAUGUUUAUGUCUGAAGCAGGCAAAAUAAGCCAGAAGGUGAAGGUGUGGUUCAGUGACUAUUUCAAUGUCUCUGACUUUCUGGCCAUUUUCACCUUCUUCAUUGGCUUUGGCUUGAGAUUGGCCGGAGGUGAAGCCUUCAUACCCGGGAGGACUGUGUAUUGUCUCAAUAUCAUCUUCUGGUACGUGCGACUCUUGGAUAUUCUGGCUGUCAACCAGCAAGCCGGACCGUACGUCAUGAUGAUUGCUAAAAUGGUAGCCAACAUGUUCUAUAUUGUAGUCAUUAUGACUAUAGUGCUGCUCAGCUACGGCGUACCCAGGAAAGCCAUUCUGUACCCAAACGAAGAGCCCAGCUGGACGCUGGCCAAAGAUGUGGUCUUCCAGCCGUACUGGAUGAUGUACGGGGAAGUGUAUGCCUAUGAAAUCGAUGUGUGUGCCAAUAACACCGAAGAGACAGUGAAGUCCCUGUGUAGGGCAGGAGUGUGGCUGACUCCUUUCCUCCAAGCAGUCUACCUCUUUGUACAGUAUAUACUAAUGGUCAACCUCCUCAUCGCCUUCUUCAACAAUGUGUAUAUGCAAGUGAAGUCCAUUUCGAAUCUGGUGUGGAAGUACCAACGCUACCACUUUAUUAUGGCCUACCACGAGAAGCCUGUCCUGCCACCGCCCUUCAUCCUCUUCUGCCAUAUCUACUCCCUCUUCUGUACGUGUAGGAAGAGAAAGAAGGAGCAUACCUACGGGCCAAAGCUGUUUCUCACUGAGGAAGACCAAAAGAAGCUUCAUGAUUUUGAGGAGCAAUGUGUGGAGACAUACUUUCAUGAAAAGGAUGAUCAGUUUCACUCUGGGAGUGACGAGCGCAUACGUCUUACCUCAGAAAGGGUUGAGACCAUGUGUUUGCAGCUGAGGGAGGUCGGAAACAAGGUCAACUUUAUAAAACGCUCUUUGCACACGCUGGAUUCCCAGAUUGGCCACCUGCAGGACCUCUCAGCACUCACUGUGGACACCCUGAAGACCCUCACUGCUCAGAGGGCGUCCGAGGCCAGCAAGGUGCACAAUCAGAUCAAGCGCGAGCUCAGCCUCUCUAAGAACUUGGUCCCCAGCAUCGGCCCCGGGGCACCGGACACCGGCCCCCACUCCAAAUCGUCCGUCAUCGGGAAGCGCAGCAAGGCGGCGUACUUCAGCUCCUCUUUCCCCCAAGCAGCAGCCAACAUUGCGGAUUCUCUCUUUGGGAUUGGCGUAGGGAGCGGGGCGGAAAGUAGCCGGCGAGUCGGGCCCAUCCAUGGAGCAGGACUGGGGCUGGACCCCAACCUCAACCCAUCGUCCAGUGCCUUUGUCCAAAGUGCUGUGCCCGCUACCCCUCCGCAGCUGCGUCUCCGAGGCCACUCUCUCUGCCAGAGCAAGCCGACCCGUCCACAGGAGCCGGCUCUUUUCGACUCCCCCUCCAGCCUGCCCAACGCGCCCUCCCCCGGGGUUCAGUUCCACAUCGGCAGCACGUCUUCCCAGGCCAGUGGCUCCAGCCACCCAGAAAUCGCUCUAGCUAGGCUUUACCAGCAGCCCCUCCAUCCCGACAACACCGCCGUCGAGUUCGGGGCGUUUGUGGGGCAUAAAGACAGUUUGGACCUCCAGCACUCCACACCCAAAGAGACCUCCAGCAGACAGCCGAGCCCGGUCCCACAGACCAGAUUACAGGCUCAGGACGAAGGUCAAAGUAACAUCAGAGCCGUGAACUCUUUCGCUGGCUUCACAGAGUUUGAUAAACACCCAACUUUCCUCCAUCCUGACUCCACUCUAAAGAAGAAGGACAAGAGCAGAGUGUCCGCUGAAGACAUCCUCAUCCACGAGGACCCCCGGGCUGCAGUACUGCAGGAAAGAAUUCAGGUCAAAUCAGCCCAAGCCAGCAGCCUGCGAGCCCCAGGGGAAGAUGCACCCAUUGCAGCAGUUUCUCUCUACACGCCUCGACACCCCCACAUCAGUGCCAGAAACGACUCUAUUGGCUCACCUUUCAAGCCCAUGGAAAGCUUCCAGUACUCAGCUGUGGAGCGCAACAACUUGAUGAGGCUGUCGCAGAGUAUCCCCUUCACCCCCGUGCCCCCUAGAGGGGAGCCGGUGACUGUGUACCGCCUGGAGGAGAGCUCCCCAAACACCAUCAACAACAGCAUGUCUUCCUGGGCCCAGCGGGGCCUCUGUGCUAAAAUAGAGUUCCUCAGCAAGGAGGAGAUGGGCGGAGGACUCCGGCGGGCCCUCAAGGUGCUCUGCACUUGGUCGGAGUACGACCUCCUGAAACCAGGACAUCUGUACAUAGUCAAAUCCUUCCUUCCUGAGGUGGUCCAAACCUGGCAGAGCAUCUACAAGGAGGACACUGUGCUGCACCUUUGUCUCAGGGAAAUACAACAGCAGCGAGCUGCUCAGAAGCUGACGUUUGCCUUCAAUCAAAUCAGGCCGAAGACGAUUCCGUAUUCACCGAGGUUCCUGGAGGUGUUUCUGCUCUACUGUCACUCUGCUGGCCAGUGGUUUGCUAUAGAGGAAUGCAUCACCGGGGAGUUCAGGAAGUUCAACAACAACAACGGAGAUGAGAUCGUGCCCACAAACCUCCUGGAGGAAACCAUGCUGGCCUUCAGCCACUGGACCUACGAGUACACCCGCGGAGAGCUGCUGGUGCUCGACCUGCAGGGCGUGGGGGAGAUUCUGACGGAUCCAUCUGUUAUUAAGAGCGGUGAGAAGGGCAGAUCCUACGACAUGAUAUUUGGACCUGCCAACCUGGGGGACGACGCCAUUAGGAACUUCAGAGCAAAGCACCACUGCAACUCCUGCUGUCGGAAACUCAAGCUUCCAGAUCUAAAGCGGAAUGAUUACACGCCGGAUAAGGUGACCUUCCCACACGACGACCCCUCCAGCACGGGGGGCGCCGUAAAAGAGCCCCGUCAAUCAAUGAGGCAGAUGCUGUGAUCGGUUUGAAGAGAUCGAUCGAUCGAUCGCAAGGCGACACUGAACGAUUUUAGUCAAAGCCGAGGAGCAGAGAGGCUCUCCCAAUCAACUGGAAGAAUCCAGUGCAUGCAGAAGUCAUAUUUUUUUUGUUGAUUCCGCCGAAAUGCUGUCGAACACAAUCCAACCCUGUUAACCUUUUUUUGUUUUGUUUUCUAGUACAUGAAUGAGGAAGUUUUAAACAUCUUUUUGUACAACAUUAUUAAAAAUAUAUAAAUAUAUAUAUAUAUGAACGGGAUUUAUCGACGGGUACAAUAUCAUUGCAGAGGGUUUAUUAUUUAUUACAAAAUUUGAGAAGUUGCCUUGUUUAAAAAAAGAGAAAAUUUAAGUGCAUUGUACUCGUGUUCCAGCAGCUUCAGUCACUGCAGCAACGCAGUUUGUCACCACAUAAUUUUUAUAAAUGUGUAAAGACUUGUAUCACAACCUUUUAUCCUAGUUAAUGGGCAGACCUACAUACAUUUGAAAAUCUUGUAAAAUAUGGGCCGAUUGCAAUGCAACUUUUACAGAUAUGAUGUAUGUCAUUUUAUUGUAUUGAAAGUGUCCACUAAAAAAUAUUGCAGAUAGUUUUUAUUGUUACAAAGGUACUAUUGCUAUAUCGUUGUCAUCAACUAUCGUAUGAGCAAAUUACAAUCCAGUGUAUCUUAUAGAUACUGUUUAUCUGGCAUGAGCUGAACAGAUUGAAAUAUUUUAUUCAGGGGAACUGACAGACUUAAGGGUAUUACUGUAUACAUUUUGUACCGACAUCAUUUUAAACAAAUAAAAAUGUAAAAAUACUUUAGCAACA